AUGGUGGGGGCCCGGCAGUGGUCCCCCCUGCUCCUCUGCCUGCUGCAGUCCGCUCCAUGGAGACCCCGCCUGGCCCCUCCCCAGAACGUGACGCUGCUUUCUCGGAACUUCAGCGCGUACCUGAUGUGGCUCCCUGGGCCUGGCAACCCCCAGAACGUGACUUAUUUCGUGGCCUAUCAAAGCUUUCCAAACCCCAAACAUUGGCGAAAAGUGAAAAAGUGUGCAGGAACGAAGGAGCUGGUGUGUUCCCUGAUGUGCCUGGAGAAACAGGACCUGUACAACAAGUUCAAGGGGCGUGUGAAGGCAGUUUCUGCCAGUGCCACCUCCCCCUGGGUGGAGUCCCAGUACCUGGAUUACCUUUUUGAAGUGGAGCCAGCCCCACCCACCCUUGUCUUCACCCACACGGAGGAGAUCCUGAGCAUCAAUGCCACAUACCAGCUGCCACAGUGCAUGACCUCAGUGGAUCUAAAGUAUGAGGUGCACUUCUGGAAGGAAGGGACCGGGAACAAGACCGUAUUUCCCAUCACUCCCCACGGCGAGCCAGUCCGGAUCCCCCUCCAAUCAGCCGCAAGCAGACACCACUGCUUCAGCGCCAGGACCAUCUACACCUUGAUUUCCUCCAAAUACAGCGAGCUCUCCAAGCCCACCUGCUUCUUCCUGGAGGCCUCAGGAAUCAACUGGCCAUUCCUGGUGCUGCUGCCACUUCUGCUGUCGUUGCUGUUGAUAAUUGCUACAGGGGCUGUGAUCUGGAAGAACUCCAGGAGGAAUGCCUGGUUUCAGCAGACAAAGAUGCCACAGGCCUUGGACUUUUCUGGACACAUACACCCCAUGACAGCCUUUCAGUCCAGCGGCCUGGAGUCCCCAGAUGACUUGACCAUCUGUCCCCAAAAGGAACUGACCAAAAGGGUCCAGCUGACCCCUGGAGUCAGGGCCUCUGCCACCCUGCAGGCAGGGUCUGAGAAGGACAGUGUUGAGACUGAGGAGGAGGACCCAGGUGACAGUGUCGCCUUCCAGCCCUACAUUGAGCCACCCUCCUUCCUGGGGCAAGGAUGCCAGAUUCCACAAUGCUCUGAGGCAGACGGGGUGGACUUAGGGGGUCCCCAGACUCUGAUCCACGUUGAAGGUUCCUCUGCUUCAGGUUAUUCAGGCAGAAGCUGGGCCAGCACUGUGGACUCCUCCUCCUGGGACGAGGCUGGGCCCUCCAGCUAUUUGGCCAAGAAGGGGCCGGGCGAGGGGGUGGUUGGGGACAGGCACUGGGAACCUGUCCCACUACCUGAAGUCUCUGAGGACUCAGGUUUCCAGGAAGAGCCACCGAAAGAUGACCUCUCUGCCUGGGCUACCUGGGGCUCUUCAGCAGAGCCAAAUCUGCUCCCUGGGGAGCUUCCAGUGUCUCUUAGGACACUGACCAUCUGCUGGGACAGCAGCCCAGAAGAGGAGGAGGAGGAAGAAGAUGGGGAGGAAUCGGAAACUGAGGACAGCGGCACCAGCAGCUGGGAGGCCGAGAGCUCCCAGAAGACCGAGGGCAGGGGUGGGUUACUCGGGCAUUACAUGGCAAGGUGAGCCACACCCCUGCUUCCCACCAGGUCUGGUGCGGCUGCCAGGCUGCUGGAUUCCCCAAGUACCCAAGA